UUCACCGUGACAGUUGUCGCCGCUCUCGCGAGACGCACGUCAGUCUAAGCAGGCGAUUUGUCAGUCUAAUCGUUUCAACGUCACUGCAUAAUUCGCGUUGCUUUUCAAACCAAUUAUUUAAUGCACCGCGGUGUGCAAUGAUUUUGCACUUGUGGGCGUUUGCCGAUCAAUGUCACGCGGGUCCACCAAGACCGGCCGAAAAAUGCAAGUGGGCGUAAAAUCGCCGGCAGCCUCGACGAAAUCGACGUGUAUCGUAAUUAACCUAGAAGGAUGAUGCGUCAAUGCGGUGCACUCGUAAAUAAGUGGAUCGUCCGAGGAUCGUCAUGAAUUGUGACUUCAAUACGUGCCAUUUAAUAGCGACGUGGAAUCUUGACGUGAUCGUCGACCGUGCGAGCUCCGGAUCGCACUGCUUAUAGGUUAUAUUCGGUUAGGAUCGCUGUAUCGCGCAGUCAGCACGAUCCGUUUCACAUUCUACACACGACGCAUCGUGCACUGCUGUGUAACGCGUGUAAGCGGCGUGAAAUUUAUCAACGGUAUAUCAGUUUGCCAGUCCGUCAUGUAUUUUGUGAAGAUUGUGUCAUUUGAGCUUUUCCUGCCCAUGGUUACUCUUGAUCUUAGUUCCAAGCAGCUGCACAAAACGGCAAGAGUGAUUACAUUUUGGAAGAACUUUUGAGCCAUAAUUAAUUGUUACAAUGUGCUUGUGACUAAAUAUUGAUCUUUUACAUUAGGGAAAAAUAAUGCUUAGAAUCAUUAUAUAUCUUUGUAUAACCUGACUGUAUUAAAAAUGCAAGCCAAGAAACGCUAUUUAUUAUUGUUUGUAACAUGUGCGUUUCUUGGUUACUGUUAUUUUGGUGGAUAUCGUUUAAAAAGUGAAAAAUGGACAGGCAAAUCUCAGUUGCCUUAUGAGCGAUUGCCUUCAUAUUUAAGUCUAAACGAAGAGUUUUAUGACAAAGAUUUAAAGACAUCCAUUGGAUCCUUGGCGAUGUCUCAACGUACAAGGCAUUGUCGCAUGGAAACCUGCUUUGACUUUACUAAAUGCAAGCAAGGUUUCACAGUGUAUGUGUAUCCAGUCGAAGAUGUGAUAAGUCCAUUAUACCAAAAAAUAUUAAACGUUAUCACUGAAUCGAGAUAUUAUACUUCUGACCCAACACGGGCAUGUAUAUUUGUCUUAGCUCUGGAUACGUUAGAUAGAGAUCCCUUAUCUACUGAAUUUGUACACAAUCUUCCCUUGAAAUUGUUGCAUCUGCCAUAUUGGAAUAAUGGAAGAAACCAUCUCAUAUUUAACUUAUAUUCUGGCACGUGGCCUGAUUAUGCAGAGGAAUCACUCGCCUUUGAUGUGGGUUAUGCUAUGCUGGCCAAAGCCAGCAUGUCCAUCUUUAGACACAGACCAGAUUUUGAUAUAUCGAUACCUCUAUUUGGCAAACAACAUCCGGAACGUGGUGGAGAAGCUGGACAAGCAUUAGAGAAUAACUUCCCUAACAGUAAGAAAUAUGUGGCAGCUUUUAAGGGAAAACGAUAUGUGCAUGGUAUUGGAUCUGAGACGAGAAAUGCUCUCUAUCAUCUGCACAACGGCAAAGAUUUGGUAUUUGUUACGACUUGUCGUCACGGGAAAGCUUGGAGAGAAUUCCAGGAUGAACAUUGUCAGCAGGAUAAUCAGGAAUAUGAUACGUACGACUAUGAGAUUUUAUUAAUGAAUGCCACAUUUUGUUUGGUUCCGCGAGGACGACGGCUAGGCAGCUUUCGUUUUCUAGAAGCUUUGAAGACGGGAUGUAUUCCAGUUAUUUUAAGUAAUGGAUGGGCUCUUCCCUUUCACGAGCGCAUUGAUUGGACUCAAGCUGUCAUAUUCUCUGACGAGAGAUUGUUGCUGCAAAUUCCAGAUAUAGUACGGUCCGUAUCCAAUGUACAAAUCCUCAAAUUGCGACAGCAAACGCAGUUUUUAUGGGAGAAAUAUUUUUCAUCCAUUGAGAAAAUUGUAUUUACUGUGUUUGAGAAUAUUCGAGAGCGUUUGCCGUGGGAAGGUGCGCGGGAAAGAAUUGUCUGGAAUACGAAUCCCGGAGCAUUGACGAUUAUACCGCAAUUUGCUGACAGUCAGCAAGAACUUCCCUUUUCGAACAGUAACCCUGGUAAUACUUUCACUGCCAUAAUUUAUUCGCAAUUGGGAUCCACUGCUGUUCUUUAUCGCCUACUUAAGAGUCUCUCGAAAAGCAAAUACCUAGAUAAGAUAAUACUUAUGUGGAACUCGGACAUUCCGGUGCCAAGGAAACCACGUUGGCAAGGUAUUAAGGCGUCAAUCCACGUUGUCGCGGUUGACGGAAUCUCCCAACGUUUUUAUCCUCAUUCGUUAAUCAAAACUAGUGCCAUAUUGUCGCUCGACGAAGACGCUACUUUAAAUACCGACGAGAUUGACUUUGCUUUUACGGUUUGGCGUUCAUUUCCUGAGCGGAUAGUAGGAUAUCCAGCGAGAUCUCAUUAUUGGGAUGACUCAAAGCGUUCCUGGGGUUACACGAGUAAAUGGACAAACGACUACAGUAUCAUACUCACCGGUGCCGCAUUCUAUCACCGCUACUACAAUACUUUGUACACCGAAUUAUUAAGCUCAACUCUCCACAAAACUGUGGAGCAAUCGCAGAAUUGCGAGGACAUACUCAUGAACUUCCUAGUGAGUCACGUCACACGAAGACCGCCCAUCAAGGUGACGCAGCGCAAGCUAUAUAAAGAUACCGCGGUAGCCGGAAUUAGAUCCCCGUGGAAUGAUCCAGAUCAUUUCAUACAACGACAGACAUGCAUGAAUACGUUUGUCGCUGUCUUCGGAUAUAUGCCGCUGUUACGAUCGAACAUGCGGUUGGACCCCGUUCUGUUCAAAGAUUCCGUGAGCAAUCUGCGCAAGAAGUAUAGACAAAUUGAACUAGUUAGCAACUAGAAUUGUACAUACUGCUUAAUUACGCGCAACUAUUUAAUUUUUCAAGCGCACCUAACGCGACCUUUGCGUCACAUGACAUUAGAUCUGUUUUUUUUCAUUUUCUUUUUCAAACAUAUCCUUUUUAUUUAAAACAA